AUCCGUUCCCUUACCGACGGCUCACUGCUCUCCACCGUGCCUCUCCCCAUGGGCGCCGUCUCCUCCUCCUCGGGUCGUCGCAGCGACAGCGAGGCUUUCUUCUCCUUUGAAAGCUUCCUCUCCCCCCGCACUGUGUACCGCUGCGACCUCACCACACCUCACCCUGAACCAGAGGUGUAUCGGCAGCUGUCUGUCCCAGGCUUCGACCCCUCACUGUUUGAGACGCAGCAAGUGUUUGUUCCCAGCACUGAUGGCACCAGGAUCCCCAUGUUUGUGGUGUGUCGUAAAGACCUACCCUGCACAUCGGACCACUUCGCUCUCCUCUACGGGUACGGCGGCUUUAACAUCUGCAUCAAGCCGUCCUUCAGCGUGUCCCGUGUGCUGCUGAUGAGGCAUUAUGGUGCGGUGGUGGCAGUGGCGAAUAUCCGCGGAGGGGCCGAGUAUGGGGAGAGGUGGCACAAGGGAGGCGCGCUGGGCAACAAGCAGCAGUGCUUUGAUGACUUUUAUAGCUGUGCGGAGCAUUUGAUAAAGGAGGGGUACACAUCGCCCUCGAAGCUGGUGAUAGAGGGUGGCAGCAAUGGGGGUCUGCUCGUCAGUGCUGCCGUCAACCAGCGUCCAGACCUGUUUGCAUGCGCCUUGGCACACGUGGGGCUGACAGACAUGCUGCGAUUCCACCACUUCACCAUCGGUUAUGCGUGGACCUCCGAGUAUGGUUGCUCCAGCGACCCCCACCAGCUCAAAUGGCUCCUCAGCUACUCUCCACUGCACAACGUGAGGCGGCCCUGGGAAGCUGCCAGCCCCACCAGCAGCAACAACAGCCCACACACACACUCGGAUUCCGCUGAUGUGCCAGCAACAGCUGAUGUGGCAGCAGCAAAGAGGCAGUGGGGAGAGCGCAAGAGGCAGUACCCGGCAGUGAUGCUGCUGACGGGUGACCAUGACGACCGUGUGCCACCCUCUCACUCCCUCAAGUUCGCUGCUCAGCUGCAGCAUGUGUUGGUGCACAG